AGUACAGAGGCUGUCUCAAGUCCCAUUUGUCUAGUGUUUCAGGGCUACAUUUAAACUAGCAGAGUGGGUCCCACCCAGAAAGGAACACUAUGAGCCGCUGGGAAAGUAAAAAAUAAGGUGGGGGCGAGAACACCUUUUUUCGUUGAGUGGAAUCUACUUUCCAUCUAGGUCCUGAGUGUGCUGAGAGCUCUUGCUGUCUGUGCUGUGGAAUUGGCUGUUACACUGAAAGAAGAAACGUCACAGAGGUGCAUCAGAAGCAAAUAUCUUUUUACUGGUGUACGGUGGGAUCUGAGAAGAAACUCGCAUUUGGAAAGCUGAUUUUUUUUUUCCUGAGACAGUGGAGAUAACAGCUGCUCUUCAGCACUCUCACCCUCCAGGCAGGCCCAAGCCUCAAGCCAUCAACUAAACAGACAUCUGGGACUCCUGUUUAUUGGACUAAGCCUCUUCAUAUGACAGUGUAAAACAGACAGAGACUAAACAGUGAUGUUCAUGACGCUGGCAGGCCUGUGAAACUGGGUCUUUGCUCAAAGCUUGGCAUGAAACGACCUGCCAUUCUGCAUGUUGGCACAUUUACAGAGCCAAAAACAAACGUUUGGGAAGGACAGGUAAAAUGAAGGCACCAUUGCUAUUUGUCACAUUAACUCUAAUACUUGAUUCAUCAUACACCGCAAGUAAGAAGAAAAGGCAAAGUGAUUUUUGGGACAAUUGGAGUGACUGGGGAGAUUGUAGCCGAACCUGUGGAGGCGGUGUAAGUUUUAGAGAACGACAGUGUUACUCUCGCAGGGCAGAUGGGGGAUCAAAUUGUAUUGGACCAACCAGAAACUACCGUUCUUGCAAUGUGCAGGAAUGUCCGGAUGGCUCACGGGAUUUCCGUGCCGAGCAAUGUUCAGAAUAUGAUGGCAUGGAAUUCCAAGGAAAAAGAUACAAGUGGCUGCCAUACUAUGGAGCAUCCAAUAAGUGCGAGUUAAAUUGUAUACCCAAAGGAGAGAAUUUUUACUAUAGGCACAAGAAUGCUGUUCUUGAUGGAACCCCUUGUGAGCCAGGCAGGAGGGACAUCUGUGUAGAGGGAGUGUGUAAGACUGUUGGUUGUGACAAUGUACUGGAUUCAUCUAAAAAAGAGGAUCGGUGCUUGGUGUGUGGAGGGGAUGGUAGCACCUGCUAUGAGGUCAAAGGAUCUUAUGAUACACCUGCAUUGUCAAAAGGUUACAGCCAACUCUUCACUAUUCCAACUAGAGCAGUCAAUAUUCAGGUGAAGGAAAUCACUCCUACACGGAACUUUUUAGCUGUAAAGAAUGUGCGUGGUGAGUAUUACCUGAAUGGGCAUUGGACCAUUGAAUAUAGCCGAGGUCUGCAUGUAGCCAGCACCAUCCUUCAUUACUAUCGAGGGUCAGAGGGAGAUCUUGCACCUGAGGUCCUAACAGCCAGGGGACCAACUACUGAACCUUUGGUUAUUGAGCUCAUUGGACAAGAAUCCAACCGUGGAAUACAUUAUCAGUACUACUUGCCCAACCAGGAGGAGACAGAUGACUACCAGUGGAGUUAUGGCUCUUGGAGUGAAUGCAGUGCAGAGUGUGGAGGAGGCUACCAAUCCCGCUUGGUGUUCUGCACAAUAGACAAUGAGGCUUACCCAGACUAUAUGUGUAGGGACAAACCAGCUCCACCAAGCAACCGAACCUGCAGCACUCAACCAUGUCCACAGAUAAAGAGGAUGUCUUACAUAUAUCAGCCAACAAUGUGGAGUCGAAUAGUGAACACAAAAAUGACCAGCUGGAAGAUUGGCGAGUGGGGACCGUGCACAGCCACUUGCGGUGGUGGCACUCAGACUCGGUCAGUUUACUGCAUUUCCUAUGAAGGGAGAGCCUCACAACAGACAGUAAAUGAUGCAGAGUGCACUGCGUUUACAGAAAAGCCAGCAACCCAGCAGGUCUGCAAUCUUCGAGCAUGCGCCAAAUGGAACACAGGGCCCUGGACACCAUGCUCAGCAGAAUGUGGAGAAGGAAUACAGAAACGAACAGUAACUUGCAGAAUGGACACUGGUGCCAUCGUUCAGGACACAGCUUGCAUGCACCAGGUCAAGCCAUCAGACAGCCAACUGUGCAAUGGCGAAAACUGUGUUACCUCGCUUCCUCUAGCGCUGUGUUCUAAAAGCUGUAAUAAUGGUAUAAGGAAACGGCAGGUGGUUUGUGCUGAUAAUGACAGAAACUUCUAUGAACCAGAGACUUGUGAAUCCUAUGAGCCUGAAAAGCCAUCCCUUAUUGAGAGCUGUAAUAUGCAGCCUUGUUAUCUCCCACAACAGGUUCCCAGUAUGCAAGAUACCUGGGGAUAUGAUAACUCGGAUCAAUUUAUGUUAACGAGAUACAAGCAGGAGUAUCCAACCCGCCCUCCUCUAGAAAGAGAAGACAACUUUCUUUCACCCACCAAUGAUUGCAGAAGAACAAGAUAUAGUUGCUGCCCAGAUAGAGUGACACCUGCCAAGGGUUAUAACAAUGAAGGAUGUCCCAAUGAAAGGAACCCAAGAGCUGACCCUCAACCGCCCUCUGAAGAAUGCCGCAACUCCCAAUAUGGAUGCUGCUUUGACAACAUCAACAAAGCAUCUGGUCCUCUGGGUGAAGGAUGUCGCAGUAAACCCACUUAUCCGUAUGCAACAAUGUGCCUUCUACCAAGUGCUCUGGGGUCUUGCAGUGACUGGACUACUCGCUGGUACUUUGUCACAGAUGUUGGCAAAUGCAAUCGCUUUUGGUACGGUGGCUGCCAUGGCAAUAAUAACAAUUUUGGCAGUGAAGAGGAAUGCAUGAAUGCCUGCCAAAAAAUCCCAGGGAGGACAACUGGCACAAUAGAAUAUCGAUACCGUAAGAGGGGAAUGAAGUGGGAUCGUCUAUCACAUGAAAAGCCAGGAGUUCAUGAAGGAGAAGAGUUUGGACAUGAGCCAGAACAUAGAGGAAUUGUUAAAACUCUUGAUGGAGACAUGGAAGGCCGUAUUCUUGCUGGCCAUGAUCGGGAUGAGCGCAAUAUGGAUCAAAGAAUAUCUGGCCUAUCCACAGAUCAAAGCCAAUAUGCACCCAAAGCAGAAGACAGUUCCACAUCUCACCACACUUCCCUUUACAGAAUGAUCUUGAACAAGGCAGAAUCUUCAUCUAUGGUAUCAUCAAUUGGACAGACUGUCCGUCUACUAUGCAGAGUGAGCGAUUACCCUUUCCCUAGGGUUGAGUGGCAAAAAGAUGGAAGCCCUGUGUCCUCAUCCAGGCACACCUACCAAUCAGACAGCGCUCUCGUGAUCAGCAAUGUUCAGGCGGAGGAUGCUGGGACCUACACAUGUAUGGUUUCAAAUGGCAACCGCAGAGAAACACACAGAGUUCUCCUUCAAGUGAAAGGAACUGAGACGCAUGAAGGUCAUAGAACACAUGACAUUGCCAGAGUGAAUAAUGAAGAUGUUCGAAGUGCCGGCUCUUCCACUGCUCAGGUGGUAAAAGACAAUGUGCACAGUAGUCACACUGUGCACUCUGGGAGAAGGACAUCUGUGACUGGUCCCAUUGAGGUGGAAGCAAAUCUUGGUCAUCGGGCACGAUUAACUUGUCAUUUGCACAUAUCUCCCAGUACCAUGGUAGAUUGGCAAAAAGAUGGACUUCCCCUGCCUUCCCCAAGAUACAGAAAACAAGCAGACGGUUCACUGGUGAUCAGUCGUGUUAGCUCAGAAGAUGCUGGAUCCUACACGUGUGCCAGUACCAAUGGACAACGCCGUGAAUUUAAACAAAUCCAAUUAAAAAUCAGAGGGGAACUGAAAAUCACUGAGCCGCCCAGCACAGUCACUGUGUCAGAAGGUGAAGAGGCGUCGCUGAAAUGUAUAGUGAAAGGUGACGAUGUCAAUGUUCAGUGGUCAAGGAAUGGUGUGCCAGUGCAGCCAGAUGGCCGUCACACCCAUGUGUCUCAUGAUGGCAGCUUGAUCAUAAGGAACACCAAGACUGCAGAUGAAGGCUCCUAUACUUGCAAUGCAUACAGCGGCAGUCACUCUAUCAGUGCCAGUGCAGAAAUCAAAGUGAACAGGCAUAAACCAGUGGCUCUAACGGACUCAAACACCGAGUGUGUGGACCACCCCGAGCUCGCCAAUUGUGACCUCAUUGUCUAUGCCCAACUCUGUAACAAUGAGUACUACAGCAGCUUCUGUUGUGCCAGUUGCUCUAAACACGGCUCAGGACACAGACGACACCAUGGCUGAGAGACUUUUCGGAAAGAUGUCUGCGCUUAUACCAAAGACUAGGCUUAAUGCUCCUUUACCUGUGACUCAUUAAAACAAAGUAAAUGGUGAUUUUUGGAUCCUUUCA